UUGGGUGAGCGAGGAGCUAAACGUAUUGUACUGGGGGGGGGAAAGGACAAGACGCCGAUAACAAAAACAACAGCUGCGGGCCACAUGAGGCCGACUAAGGACACAAUCGCACUUUUCGGUCUCUCGCCAUAAAGACUUCGGCCAACAACAACAAAACAAGCGAGUCGGCGCGUGGACCCCGGGGAAGAAGGUGUAACGGCUUCUUUUUAAUUCACCGUGAAACAGCGAGUCGAUGUCCUGAUGGCUGCACACUUCACUAUUUCUGACAGUGAGUCAGAGACAUCGGAGGAGGUAGAGGAAGGAGAAAAUAACCAAUUCUCCACUGUGGAAGAGGGGCAGCUUCUUCAACGCCACUCCCUAACCUUACCUCAGCUCCCAUUGACAGAGACCGGUCGACUCCGGCUGAACUCUGAGUCCCACGCUUCCACCGUCUCCAGAGACGAGGAGCUCUGGGCAGACGAGGCCGCCACGCCCACCGAAGGCGCUCCGUUCAGAGUACGGUCCAAGUCGGCUCCCCCCGCUUUGUGGGCAGCAAAGAAAUACGGCCGGCAGCUCCGAAGGAUGAGCGACGAGUUCGACAGCCUGCUCGACAAAGGGGAAAUGAGGAGGGUGAAGAGUGCCGGGACGACCAAACAGAUGCAGAACUCCAAAAGCUGGUGGAGUUACCUCUUUAGUCAUCAGGAGACCGAGGGAGAGAACAACCACCAUGACAACCACACUCACCGCACUGAAUAGGCACCGGGAGAGGGGGGAGGAAAUCAGAGUGAUGCAGGGUUUUGGAGGAAUCUCUAGAAAUGAGAGGAAAGCAGCGAGGGAGCCAAUUGGGACGAGAACAAAAAAAGACGUGCGGUGGGAACGGACGGAUGGAAGGUUGGUGAUAAGAAAAAGAGAAAAAAGAAUCCCAAACACAAAGGCAUGGCUACGUGCCCUUUUUAUACGUCACUGGUAACUAAAUUUUUUUUUUUGUGUUGGUUGUGGUGGUAACUAUAUUGCUGGGAAGCCCACUGUGAAAUGGAUAGACUGUUGGCAGUGUGCACCCCACAGAGUGGACACCGUGAAGGGCCGAGGGAGGACCUCUUGAACGCAAAGAUACAAGUGGAUUUGAGGGUGGCCACUUGUACUGUAGAUGGAGCGAUGAAUGCACUGGAAUCAAAACGCCGGACUUUUAGCGGCCACCUGGAAUGCCAAAACAACCAGCAGGCGACACGGGGAAGAGUAGAAAAGGAAAGGAUUUUUUUAAAGUAUUCAACUCAGGGGGGGGGUGGACUAUCCAACUUCUUGUUCUACUACCUGCAAGCCAGUACUAUUUUAAACGGCUGUACUUGACUAUCAUUAAUUGCUUUAUAUCUCAAAUUUAUCAAAAGAUGAACAAUCUUGUACAAGGACAAUCUCCAAUGAUGCAGAAAAAAAAACCUAUCUUUUGUAAAACUUCAGGGUUAGAUUAUAUCUGGAUAAAAUGACAUUAAACAUGCAUAUAAAAAGCACAAACCAAUAUGAAUCUAUCUUUUUAAAGGCUUGGAUGAGCAACACACAAAAGAAACCUCCAGACUUUGAAACUUUUAUGUGUAAAUAUGUUGUAAAUAUUUUAUCAAAUUUUCGGGGGCUGGGGGGUUAAGAGUGAUGUACUUGACAAGUUCCUAUUUUACAAGGAGACCGUGCUCUUUAAUACGUUUGGCCCACCUAGCAAUAGGCAGUGUACAAUCCAUGGCUGUCGUGAUACAUGUGAUGUGCAUAUUUAAAGUGGGUGGGAGGAGUUAACCGCUUUAAUUCAGUACCUGUUUAUUCAGUGCAUAGAGAAGAUGGAUUUAGAGUCUGAAGUCGCAUUGCAGUGCGGAUGGAGGGGAUGUAUACUUGGCUUUUCCAAACUGUUUGUGGAGUUUGUGGAAUCGGUUGCCAGCCCGGUUGGCUUUUCAGAACGAUCAAAUGCAGGUUGUUCACUCGGAUCUGCAUUGCGAUGUGAAUAAAAUGGGAUCUCUUUCUAUCAAGCCGUAGGUCCAGGAGUGCUGAUCUGAGGCUACAUUUGCUUUUUGAUGUAUUAUAUUCAGGCGAUUGAGGAUUACUCGGCACAUGCUGCACACAAUAUGGCAUUUGUGGGGGUUACUAUUAUUCCUUUUUAAUGAUUAUAAACCACGAUCAGCACUUCUACACAGCUUGGUAAAAUAUGAGCAGGCUGUUUGUGACUUGUUUAUCGAUAUGUGGUUAUUGAACAUGGUAAUCGGUUUGUUUUACUCGCGUCUUCCUCUCUUCCUCUCGACUUGUAGGGUUGAGUUGUGAAGUGCUCGGGUGUGCAAGGGGGCUGCAUUUCUAUUGUCUUUUCAAACUUUUCUCCACCCCUUUUUCUAUUUUUUGUAUUUUCUUUUAUAGCUUUUUUCCUAAACUUGGCUGAGGACCAUUUUUUAAAUCGGAGUUCUAGACAAUCUGAAUGGCACCACCACUUUGUAAGAUUCAUCCGAGUCCACCGACCUGUUUGGUAUCUUUCAACCCUGACUGUGUAUUCACUGAGACAUGUUGGUGACCUUUUAUAUGUGUGACGCUCCCAACUCAAUUAAUACAGUUAGUGUUGUUGCAUUUCAGAAAGAACAAAAUAAAUGGUAUUGGAUAUCUCAAAAACCCUUAACCGGGAAAUUAGUAAUGAGUAUUUAGGUAGUUUUUCCUUGUACGGAAUAGUGUUUACAAUAAGAUCUGUAGCUGCACAGUUGAAUCAGCUGUCAGGGUAUAUAUAUAUAUAUAUAUAUAUAUACAUGGUGUCAAGAGCUUGGGGCCACAUCUGAAUAUGAAAUUUAAGAGUUUAAUAUUGUCAUGAACUGCCUUGAACAUGCUGUGACCUGUGAAGUGAAGCCGCAUAACCGGCCUUGUCUGUUUACCCAUUUACCGCCUUAAACACCUAUUGGGCUCAACAACAAAACGAGAAGCACAAUAACGUGGCGGUGCCUUCGCUGUCACAACUGAGGAAAACAUUAGUGGCCAAUGCUAGGAAAGGUUAUUCCAAAAGAAGUGGUGUUGUAAUUUCGACUAUUAAAAACAUUUGUGGCAGUGAACACACCAGAGGGGAAACCCCGUUUGGGCAUCUGGAGUUUUGCAACCAUCCUUGGUAUUACUUGAAUCUUCAGCUGUGUGGAGAAAUUUGCAUUGUAUUUCAUAAUUCUUUUCUUUUUUUAUUCUUUUUUAACGACUUUUGUAAAAUGUCUCUACCGCUUUGAAACUUCUGGUAUAUGCUGUCCCGAAUAAAUAAUUUUAAGAGUGA